AUGCAAUUUUCACAACUUCUCUCACCAAUAACUGAAGAAACCACUGAUGACGACUUUUCCACUUCACCAACAGCACCGCCAAGCACCAACACACUAAAGAAAAUACAUGCGUCAUGGUCUUACAAAACAAUUAAUAGUAACGGUAAUGAUGAUCUUUAUAGAGGUGUAUGUCGAGAAAAAAGCGUUUACAAACAACAACAGCAGCAACAAGAUCAAAUCAGAUUUGAUGUUUACGCUAUGCCAGAAUCUGGAAGUGGUGAUGGAAAUUUUAUCAGUAAUGGAAAUAAUAGUCUUUCUAAAUGUGACGAACGCGUUAUUGAUCCUGAAAUUAAUACAGAAGACAACACAAUUGAUCAUUACGAAAAUUCCAGAAAGGAAUCUAAAGAUCAAUCAAUGCUUAUAGACCAAGCGAUGGAGCAUGCAAACAACAAUCACCAAAAUUUAAAGCGACUUACUAAUAAAAUACGACAAUUCGGUAUGGAUCAAGUCAAGGAAUGGGACGAGUGUGAUAAAGUGGUUAGAAAUAUUCUCGAUCAACAAGAAAAACUAUCAAUUCUUAUGGGGUUAUUCUGUGAUCAAUCAAUGUUCUAG